GAAAACCCACAACACACUUAGACCUAGACACACACACACACACACACACACACACACACACACAGACUCCAUCAUUUUGCUGUUGUUGAACCUCUUAUGGUGUACCUGAGUAGAUUUUUUUUUAAUCUAUAGCUUACUAUAGCUACCUUCAAUGAGGAUUUGCCUUCAGUGAAGUUUUUAUUCACCUAAUUUUCCUAAUUGUACCUAAUUUUGUCAUUCCUGAUACACAUUUUCUCUUUGCUGUGUGUCUUGCACACAUCUGCCAACAUGUGCCUUCUGACAGCUGCACUGUUGUUUUCUUUACUUGAUUCCAUGUCCUGUGUUCAGUUUCUGGCAGCUCUGAACAUGGGAGGAGUCACUGGACAGGUGCACUUUGACUCCACCUCCCAGAUGGCCACUGUCAACGUAUCUGGCACUGGAUCCUGUGGUUCACUUAACUUUUCCUUCAGCGAGUUCCCCGUCAUGUAUGGUCAUUAUGCUCAGCCAUGUUCUCAAGCAAAUAUUGGCCCCAGUGUCUUCACUUUCACAGCUGAUCCAGCCUCAAACCCUAUCGUCAACGUGUCACACCUCUUUGAACAAAGCUCAAACCUGGAUGAUUUCUCGUUGAUUUUGCAGACAUGUAAUGGAUCUAAAGUAUGUGCGGUUGUUAGUCGCGGUCAAACGCUCUUGACUUUGCAGGCCAGGUUCGUCGACCCAAUUGCAGGUAAUGUUUACAUUCGCCUUAACACUGGACAGACCAACGCCAGGCUGCUUGCAGACCUAGUUACAAUCGGGAAAGUCGAUGCCUCACAAACCAAUAUCACUCUCUUAGGAUCUACAAGCAAUGCCAAUAGCUGUAACGUUCUUCUAGGAAGCUUAGAUCCCACAACUUUGACCAAUCUGGGUGUCGUAAACGUUGGAACUCCUUUCCAGCCUGAGAAAUCCCGUCUGGACCUGACCAGCUUCAACAUCAACAAUGGCUUUCUUCUCAUCCCAAUGGGGUCAAGUUACAAGUGUGCUCAGAUUUAUAAUGUGCCAGAGAAACAGGUGAGCGCUCUUGUGAAUAUGAGAGGGAUAAAAGGGUACUUUAGUUUCAGUCAGGCUUCCCCGUUUGAUGUGACAGAGUUGAGGGUGAACCUGACUAACUUACAGAGCAGAGUCGGCCCUUAUCAUGUCCACCUUUUUCCUGUCCCCUCAGUCAGGUCACCUCCAUCAAGCCUGUGUUCAAAUGAUAAUGUGGGUGGUCAUUGGAAUCCAUUCAAAGUCAACACAAAUGACUCAGCAUAUCCGAAAGUACCAGGUUCAACACACGACAGGUAUGAGGUUGGUGACCUUAGCGCCAAGCAUAUGUCCCUUGCAGGUAAAAACGAAGUGGACAUGGUGUUCACUGACUUCAGCCUCCCUCUGUUUGGACAGAACAGCAUCAUAGGUCGCUCAGUUGUGAUUCACCAAACAGAUGGUGCCAGGUAUAUUUGUGCCAGUAUCAGCUAUCCUGGUGAAGUGACUGUAGCCAGAGCCAGAUUUCAGAGCCCUGUAGUUGGUGAGAUCUGGUUCACCCAGAUGAAGAACAACCCUCUUUCUGACAUGUCCAUCUUCAUGGAUUUGUCAUAUGGUAAUCCCACAAUGACACCAACUAAAAACCACAACUGGCAUGUUCACAUUCACCCCAUCAGCUCAGAGAGGGAUGAUGAUGAAAACCACUGCAGCACAACAGGAGGACACUGGAACCCCUUUAAUAUUAGCACAGGAGACAGCAGCUAUGCCCUCCACUGUGGCCCGUCCAGGCCCUUUUCUUGCGAGGUGGGAGACCUCUCCAGCAAACACAGCACUAUCAAUCUCGACACCAGAGUGGGCCGAGUGGAAGCAAAAAACUUUUUCACUGAUGUCACUUCCUGGUUGCCCACCUCAGGCAUCACCGGUCGUUCCGUGGUCAUUCAUCAAGCAGAAAGAGGAGGGUCAAGGAUUGCUUGUGGCAACGUCACAAUGAUUCGAGUCCCCAAAGCUAGCGUGGGUAGAUGGUUUGGCCCCCAGAUGUCCAGCGGCCAGGUACGGUUCUCCCAAGCUGUCCCACAAGGCCCCACAUCUAUAAACGUGUCCCUGAUGAACCUGAACUCCUUAGCUGGGGGUUACCACGUUCACAUACUGCCCAUCAACCCUGGCAGCGUAGAGCCCUGCUCCAACACAAACAUCCUGGGCCACUUCAACCCAUUAGCCUGGAAUGUAUCAAACAGUCCUGCCCCUGGAUCUGGAACAGUGGACCAGUAUGAAAUUGGGGACAUCAGCGGGAAGUUUGGGAUGCUGAAUGGCCUCAACCAGUCUCAGGCUGUAUACCUGGACCCUGAUAUGCCAUUAAUUGGACCCUACAGUAUAGUGGGAAGGUCACUGGUGGUCCACUACUCCAACGGAUCAAGAAUGAGGUGUGCUGACAUCUCAGCUGACAGAGAUACAGAUGGACAAUGGACUAUUGCCAAAGCUGUUUUCAAUGGCACAGUGACUGGGGAAAUCAGACUGCGCCAGCAGAUGUUUCCUGAUGGGAGUAGCAGUGAAAUCACGCUGGAGGUGAACCUUCAAUCAACAACAAUUCAAAAUGCAUCCUUGUUCAUCAAAAACAACCGUGUUGGCACCAACAACAGGCAGUGCGACGGUGUGGGAGGCACAUUCAAUCCCUUCAACAUGACAUCAGUGAGCUCUAGCUGUUCACUAGAAAGCCCUCUGAGCUGUGUGGUGGGAGAGGUAUCCGCAAGACAUGGCACACUCAGCCUGACUGUGAGACAGCUCUACACUGACAGCCUCAUCCAGCUCUCUGGAGACAACACAGUGGUCCACAGAUCUCUAGUGCUGAAGAAAGGGGACAGCAUCAUCGCAUGUGCCGACAUCCUCCCAGAAUCCCCUUCAGCAGAGCAAACCUUUCCCAAAAUGACUAACUUCAGCAGAUAUGACUUCCGUAGGAGGGUUGCAGAUGUCCUGCAGUUGGAAACAGCAAGAGUCAGCAUCCUGCCCAGCUCUCCCCGCUCUGCAGCUAAUGGAAUCUGCCAACAAGUCAGCUUCAUGGUAUCUGGGGAUGUCAGCACAGAUCUUCUGAAGUCUGUCAAAACCAGCAUGAAAAUGGGCAUGUUCAGAGAGUCUGUCUCAUGUACAAGAAGUGCAGGUAUGCUGCUGGUUCCAGGAAGUCUGCUUCUUGGCUUGAUGUUUGCUGCUGCCUGCCUGCUGCCAUCUACAAUUUAUUCAUAGCUCAGAGAUUCAGCCACAUCAGUUGAUCAUCAUAUCGUAAAACUGUGGAAAUGUUUAUGAAACGUAGCCCACCAAGUGAUGAUAGUCAUCUGAUUAAUUGUCAAGCAAAUAACAAUUUUCCUUUAUUUUACAGCUUUUGUCAACCAAUAAAGAUCUUGCCAUUUUACAUUUUGCUUUUUGUAAUAAUCAUUUCAGGCAACAAGCUAUUCAACUGUUUAGUUUAGCCUUUAUAGAAAUGUAAUUCUUCUGCAGCAUACAUAUUAUAUUUUAUUCAACUGUACUGUGAAAUGGGUGGAUGAAGUUAAUGCUGUACAUUUUCAGAUAUCCAGACUUACUGUAUGUAAAUAUCUGGGAAACUGUGAAUAAAAUACAAUAAUGUUUGUAUGCUUUGUGCCAAUAAUCUUGUAUUUUUCCCCCUUGUUUUGAACCCCUGAACAGCACAUGAACAAAUGUAUAUAGUGCUUUAUCAGGACAGUAAUCCAUUGAUUAAUAUUAAGGGAAUAAAUGUUUUGUAUGCUUCCUAAUAAGGAAUCAUUAAAACGGGUUUGUGAGUCAUGCUAAGGACUUUAUUAAUGGUUCAUAAAUAAUUAACUAUUGCUUUAUCUAGCUUAGUUAGACCAUUAAUAAGAACAUUUUUGAUGUUGCCAGGUUGUGAACAAUAAAAUAUAAGUUAAUUUUA